ACACGCGGAGCCGAUGCCCGCAGGCGGCGGUGGGGCCGCAGCAGCCGGCGUGCUGGGGCAGAGCGGAAAUGGGCGAAGCUGAGCAUUGCGAAACGUGGAAAUCCCGCUCUGACAGCGCUUCCUUCCAGCGGCACUUGAAAACCCGGCACGCAGUGGCCGGGCUCAGAGUGCACCCAAGCGCCGCUGCCAGCAGGACGAGCAGGAGCAGGGCCCCGGCACCCCUCAGGUUUUGCCGUCAGGUUUCCCGUUUGGCAUGGAGAUGGCAUUCGUCCCUGACCUGGACGUGCUGGAGGGUGGCAGCCUCAGCGAGGAGACCUUGUACGGCCCCGACUGCCUCUGCCCACAGAAGAAGCUUCGCCUGGACUUGGAGGCAAAGCCCAGUCAGAGCCACACCACGGUGGACGUCCAGGUGACGGUGACGCAGGGACACGCCGCCAGGAGGUUCCGCCAGGCCGCCACCCUGGUGGUGGCUGCGACCAAGAUGCUGCGGAGCCCGUCGCACAAGGACUUCGCCGACAGCGACCUGGGUGGCUUCCUGGAGGAGAUUUUCGAACCCGUCACCUUCCAGCGGCUUGAAAGCAGCUACGCCGGGGCACCCGUGUACCGCUACACCCGCUCCCAGUCCUUCGACAUCUUCGACAUCAACCACAAGUGCUUCGUGCUGGAGUCGCCCACCCAGCUGGUGGCCCUGCACCUGCAGGGGCCCUCCGCCAGCCGCAAAGUGAGGCUCAACAUCGUGCUGUACCGGCCCCGCACCCGGCAGGGCAGCGCCGGGGCCAUGCAGAUGCCGGUGGCGCUGGGCAUCAAAGGCUACAAGCUCUACAUGUCCUGCGUGAUGAGCGGCACCGAGCCCGUGCUGCAGCUGGAGGAAGCCGACGUCAUGAAGGACAUCGACAGCGCCGAGCUGACCCGCUUCAUCUUCUACCGCCUGGACAGCCCGGCCGAGGGCACCACGCGCUUCGAGUCGGCCGCCUUCCCCGGCUGGUUCGUCUGCACCUCGCUGCAGCCCAAGCAGCCCGUGGGCAUCACCAACCAGCCCGACCAGGUCAACAUCGCCACCUACAAGCUGAGCGGGCGCUGAGCCGCCCGCCCCAACCCCAACCGGCAGUCCAGUCGCCGGUUGCCACGCCGUAUGUACCGAGUACAGCCCGCGGCGCCGCCCUGCCGCCCGUCUAUUUCAGGUGAAAUAGCCGCCCUGGGCCCCGUGGGCCCGCCUCGCGCUCCCGUUAGGCUUAUUUAUUGAGCUGCUACACUUAUUUAUUGAGCUUGCAGUUAUUUAUUGUGCUGUUACACUUACCGUGCUGUUACACUUACUUAUCGUGCUACGACACUUUUUAUCACACCUUUACACUUAUUUAUUGUGCUGUUACACUUACUGUGAUUUUACUCUCAUCGUGCAGUUUCACUUAUUUAUUGAGCUUCUAUUUAUUGUAAUUUUACUUUUUUAUUGUGCCGCUACACUUACUGUACUUUUACACUUAUUUAUUGUGCUAUUACACUUAUUGUGCUAUUACAGUUAUUGUGGUGUUACACUUAUUGAGGUUUUACACUUACUUAUUGUGCUUUUACGCUUUUUAUCGUGCUUUUACACCGAUUUAUCAUGCUGAGCCCAGCCCCAGGCCCAGGCCCAGGCCCAGGCUCCAGGUCCCUGACCCCAGACCCAGACCUCAAGCCCCGGGCCUCAGACCCCAGAUCCUGGCCCCAGCCCCAGGCCCCGGCCCCA